AUGACAUCUAAAGUUGCACUAGAAAUUGUAACCUCUAUAACCUUUGAUCAGACUAGAUCGCAAGAUGCUGAUUCUUUGUCUCCUUUUAGCUCUCCAGAAAAUAAUCAUAUUUCAUACAGUUCAUCUCAGAAAAACGCUUCUCUACCUGUUAUCCGAAAAGUAUCAUACAAUCAAAAAGUUGAGCAAGAUAUAAUUCAGGAAGUUAUUUUAUUUAUUCAAAAAGAAGCACUUGCCUCAUCAAUUAAUACUUCCAAUUUCAAUAUUGUAGUAGCUGAUGGGAAAGAAUUAUAUGAAAAUAAGGUUGCAGAAAUUUGUUCUAAAACUGGUAUAGCCGAAAAAAUUGCAAAGUCUCAAGUUUAUAUUAUGAUUAAAGCUUCUCUACCCAAAGUUUCGGAUUUAAAUCUAUAUAAGAAGACCCAAAGAGCUGAGAGUGUUUAUAAGCUGUUUGGAAAAAUUAUUGAUCCUAUAACUAAGAAAGAAGUCAAGGGAAUAGGUAUUGACAAAGCUUAUGGAAUUUCAUAUGGCGUAAGAAGUAUAUUGAAAUUAACUGAUUCUCAAAUCUUAAAUAUUAUAGAUCAGACUAGCAAAAAAAUCUUGCCUGAAGAAAAUUCAUCCUUAUCAGCCGAUUUGGAGAAUUAUAUAAAAAUGCUUACAGGAAGUCUUGAAGAUGAGAUUGCUUAUUGGGGUACACCAUACGAGAACUCAGCUAGGGUAGUAGAAGAGAAAGCAAAUGAAGUUAAGAAGCUUCCCAGGGUCCAGUCAAAUGAUGAUCUGAAGCAACCAGGAUUCCAAGACUUCGGACAGGAAGAGCUGAAUGAUCGAGCAUUUCCUACAAAAAUAAAAACAAGGAGCAUUCCACUCCCAGAUUCAAAUUGCAAGAAAAGCUUAAAUAAUCUUCAUUUUAAUAGGAUCAUUCAGAUCGUAAUUCGAAUAUUUGUAGCAAAACCUAGGUGUAGUGAUGGAGUCAAUAAAGGACAGGGUAUCAUUCAAGCAAA